UGUAUAACCGGCAAUGACAAUAAACAUCUUGAAUCUUGAAUCUUGAAUCUUGAAUUAACAUUCAAUCAGUCAUUGUGGUGCCAGCCAAUAGAGAGGGAUGGAGGAGGACGGAGCGUUUUGACGCGCAAGAGAGAGAGAAGAGACAGAGCGUCACAUCUCUCCAAACGCCCAUCAAACUUUCAUCAGCACAGCCUGCAGAGAGAGGAGACCCAGUAGAGGGGCCUGAUAGAGACAACGAGGAGAGGACACGCUGGACUCUGCGAUGGAGACACUACUGGCGAUGACUUUUGGUUCAGUUUGACCCCUGCUGCUGUGAUUUCACUCUGAAAAUCAGGUUUUUUUUUCGUCCUUUUUUUUUGUGCGACAGAGCGAUGGAGAGGAUGGAGAUGGAGAUGGAGAUGGAGCAAGCACCCAGCGCAACGAGUCCACCUCCACCUCCAAAACCAGCCCACCACGAGCCCAUCAGCUUCGGCAUCGACCAGAUCCUUGGAGGAGGUACUGAGCCAGAAAACGGGCGCACGUCUGGAAGACAAAGUGGAUCCGAUUUAAGCACCGGAGACGGUUAUUAUAGCUUAGGAAGCGCGCCCUCCUCAUACACCGCGCUGUCCAUCUCCCUCUCCGGUAUCAUGCCUCCGGUGGAGUCGUCCGGUUCCUACGGAGAGAGCAGGAGUCUGGGCAGCCGAGGAGUGAUCCGGGUCCCGGCUCACAGACCCAUGACAGCCCCGGGACCCCCGGGACCCCAGCUCCAGAGCGCAGUCCCCGGGUUUGGAGGGCUGUGCUUCCCAUGGAUAGGAAAUAGGUUCGCCAAGGACAGAUUAUCAGCUGCUCUGGUGCCGUUCGCGGUGACGCGGCGGAUAGGACACCCGUACCAGAACCGGACACCGCCCAAACGGAAAAAGCCGCGCACGUCCUUCUCGCGGGUUCAGAUCUGCGAGCUCGAGAAACGCUUCCACCGGCAGAAGUACCUCGCGAGCGCCGAGCGCGCGGCUCUGGCCAAGAGCCUGAAGAUGACGGACGCGCAGGUCAAGACCUGGUUCCAGAACCGCAGGACCAAGUGGAGGAGACAGACAGCCGAGGAGAGGGAGGCGGAGCGUCAGCAGGCCAACCGGCUCAUCCUGCAGCUGCAGCAGUCCGCCCUCCAGAAGUCUCUCAGCGAAUCAGCGGUGUCGGAUCCUCUGUGUGCUCAUAACUCCUCCCUGUACGCCCUGCAGAACCUGCAGCCCUGGGCCGAGGAGAGGGAGUAGACACUGCAACCAAUAAGCAGCAGCUAUUAUCCCUGGGAGGAUAAAUACAUUCAAUUAGGCCUACAUGAGGACAGUGGGACUUACUUUGAUCCAUGCAAUGGAUAAAAAAACAAACUGAAGAACAGCCAUGUGAGUGGAGAAAAUGGACCUGAUGAAAUGAUGGUGAGUGUUUGUCUUGAAGCAGAACUUUCUUUGGAAUAAAUCUUGGGAUCGUGAGACUUUUGCAAAUCCAAACAGGAAAACUUGACUUUAAAAAUUCUCGUCACCCUGUGAUUAUCCUCUUGUUUAUUAGAAUAAGAGGGAGAAAGAAAUUUACCCCAUAGACCUGAAGGAGGCAGUUAAUUCCCCACAGUGUUUUCUCUUAAUGCAACCAUCCUUAUUCUGAAGCAGACUUUUGCAACACUUUGAAAGGGUUGGCUCUGUUUUUUUAAGGUGAAGAACACCAUGCAGCCAUAUAAAGGCAAGACUUACAUUCAUACAAUCUUUAUAUAAAUCUUGAAGAAUCAUUGAGGGCAUGGCCUGAUUUCCAAUGAUGUCGACAGCUCAAUUAAAACAAAAUAAAUACACACAAGAAAAUAAUUACAGAGAAAACAAACAACCAGUUAAAAACAGUUACAAUAAAGAGCGAAACAUGGUUUUAAAUUGACCUAUAGGUACAAUUGUGUCUAACACAUAUACAAUAGUUACGUAAAAAUGUGUCUGUUUUAUCAAAAUACACAAAAUGCAGAUAAAAGCUGGUUCAGACAUUUUAAAAAAAUUGUUCUGGUGCUUCAACUUUCUUCCAAUCUCAUUUAUAAAUGUACCAACUCCAACUACAAUGCACAGGUGUUGUGCACCACCAUUGAAAACCAAGAAAAGUAUGCCCAAAAUGUUCCACUAUAUGGGAGAGAAAUGCUUUUGUGCGCAGUAAUAAAAAGGGAGAAUAGAUGUCAGGAUUAGAGGGGAGAGAAGUGCGGAAAAUAUGAAAGAGGCUGUAAGUUGGGUAAUAAAGGGAGUGAUGCAUGUUCAGUGACGGUGGUGACGUUUUUUCAUAUGCACAUUAUCACGCUUUAUUUGUGUGUCCUCUGGGAUCGAGGCACAGAUGUACAACUCUUUUUGUACUUUCAUUGUAUAUGUGUAAAUAACAAUAUAAACUGUUCUUGUGACCCUU